AGGAAAAAGUUACGAGCCUAUGGCGGGCCCAGUUCUGCUAAGAACGUUGAGACGCGCGAGAUAGCAAUUUUUGAUAUCGAUUAUAUUGAUAUAGUCCCUUAAAUUAUUCAUCCCCCUAAUAAAAAAUAAAUAUUUAUCUUUUGAGAGAAAAAAAAUUAUUCCAAUUAUUUUAGAAUUAAAUCGAUAAGAUUUUUGUUUUAAUUUCUGAAAGGAAGUUAACGAAGAAAAACUCCCGGAAGAGUCACGGUACCAGUGUACGAGUUUUAUGCAAGUUUCCGGAUUUCCACCUUUCUUUUCUGAGAGCGCGUGUGUUGAGUAUAGUGACACGCAAGGACGUUUUCAAUAUCUUUUAUAAGAAAGAAGAGAAGAUUACCUGAUAAGAGGAGAAGAAAGUUAACAACAAAAGGGAGGGCGGGAGGGAAACAAUUCAAAUUUGGCGCUCCUCAGCUUCAGUUAAACGAGGCAUGAGGAUCUAAGGACAAAAUUUAGCUGAACAAAAUUACAUCGAGGUAGCAUUUCUUUACAUUAAGCCCCAAAUGAACAUCACUGGUGAAUUUGUUUCUUCCGGUCGGAUGUCCAACAUCUAUAACAGUUCUGUGGUCAAGUUCUAUGACCAUGUUUUCACAGGCUUAUCUGAUCCAAGAACAAAUCAUUGGUUUCUGAUAAGUUCACCAGUACCAGGAGCAAGUAUCCUUAUAGGAUAUUUGUAUUUCGUAUUGUCAUGGGGCCCAAAACACAUGGAACAUCGGAAACCUUAUCGAUUAAAAAAUGUCCUGGUGGUUUAUAACUUUAUUCAAGUUUUGCUCAGUAUAUGGCUUUUCUAUGAAGGUCUAGACGCAGCCUGGUUAAAAAAAUAUAGUUGGAAAUGUGAACCUGUGGACUUCUCAAAUUCACCAGAUGCUUUAAGGAUUGCUCGAGGAGUGUACAUUUAUUUCUUGGCGAAGAUUUCAGAACUAUUGGAUACCGUCUUUUUUGUUCUAAGGAAAAAAGAAAGCCAAAUAACAUUUUUGCACAUGUAUCACCAUACUGUUAUGCCAAUGAUAUCAUGGGGUGCUACUAAAUAUUAUCCUGGCGGCCAUGGGACUUUUAUUGGUGUUAUCAACAGCUUUGUUCAUAUUAUAAUGUACACCUAUUACCUUCUCGCUGCACUCUUGCCACAGUAUCAAAAGUACCUCUGGUGGAAAAAAUACAUCACAACUCUUCAGAUGGGUCAAUUUUGUCUGGCGUUUUUGCACAGCUGUCAAUUGCUCUUCCAUGACUGUGAUUACCCUAAAUGGUCAUUAAUAUUUAUACUCCCUAAUGCGUCCUUUUUCUAUUUCUUAUUCUCGGACUUCUACAACAAGACCUACAUUCCACCAAAGGAAUUAAAAUCGACAGCCGAUGAAAAAGAAAAAAUCAAAAGUUUUGAAGAAGAACACAAAUUAAGUAAUGGUAUUAAAAAUGGCAAAGCAAAAGAGGCUUAAAUAUUUCAGCGAAUGUUCAAAAAUAUUUUUUUUAACAACUGUCUAUUAAGCUUAUUUGUAGUUAUAUUGAGAAAAGCUUACAGUUAUAAGUUUUAAGAACCGAGCAGAAUAUCGUACAUAAGAAAAUACUUAUAUGACACUUUGUGUGUCAAAUUCACGAGUCAUUUUAGAUUUUUUAAUAAAUCAUUAAAAAAAAUAGUGUUUCAUAGAAUGUACAGAUUUUCUAUCAAAUAAAUUUUAAUGCUUGGACCUAAAAAAUGAUUAGGUUCAUUACGACGAAACAUAUAGUUCCUUUAAGAAUCUUUUCAUAAUAUUAACCACCUCUAAGGUCAGAAUGCGACAUACGUAGCCUACAUUUUUUUAAAAGAUUUUCUCUAGAAAAUAAAGCAUUUCUAUUUGAUGUCAAAAUUUUUUUUUGAUAUAAAAUUGAAAUAUUUUAUCAAUAUCAUGAAUCAUUAUCGGCAUUUUAAAUUUAUUAUGUAACUUAUUAACAGAUCACUGUAUAAAAAAUCAUUUUUUCAACUUCAAAGUCAAUUAAUGAAUUAAGUCAAUUUUAUAAACAUUUUUUUAGAUAUAUAAAUCUUGUCUAACAAUAAGCAUAGUAUUUUUAUUAAUAUUUGAUAUUCAUUAAAAGUAAGUACUUUGAAUGUCUAUAAAUGUAAAUUUGUUAAUUAAUCGUAAUUAAGCACUUAUCAGUUUAUAAAAUAUGUGUUAAAUUUAUAAUAUUGAUUUCUCAAUUUGUUUAUAUAUUUAUAAUCAUGUACGAUCAUUUAUAAAAUUAUCACACGCUUCGAUGACACAAAACAAGAUAAAAUUUCUCAAAUAUACAUUUUUGAAGCUUUCUGAAAAAACUUAAAAACUUUUUCUUUGCUUUAAAAUUAAUCCAACAUUUUAAUUUAUUUUAAUAUUAAUUAAUUUAAAAUUACUAUGCAAAAAAAUAUAUACAUAUAUAUUAACAGGAAAUUUAUAGAAAUUUUUAUUGUGAGCGGAUUUAUCUUCAUAUGUGGUAUAAAUAUAGCUAACCCAUACUAGAUAAUUAGAUUGUAUUUAAUAUUGACAUGUUUAUACAUUUUGUAAUAUUUAUGCAUUUGUUAAAAUUUAUUUUUGAAAUCAGUGGUUCACUCAAAAAUUAGUUGAUUAUAGGAAUUUUAAAUUCUUAAUUUUUAAAAAUGGUUCUUAUGCGGACUGAUUUAAAUGUAUCUAAUAUUUAAAAAGAGAUACAAAUUUUAAAAAAUAGUUCUUUCUCAUAUAAUGGGGAUAUGACAUUAAUUAAAAAAUAAGUACAGAGUGACAAUAUAAACCUUUAUCGCUCACAAGUUUAAGAUGUUACCAGACAACUAUUAAAAGAUAUUAGAAAAUAGUAGAAAAUGUGAAUUUAUGAUGUUUUCCAUUGACAUAUAAUGAAAAGAGAAAAUGGCGUGGUAUUAAUGUAUAUAGAAGUAUAUCGUUUUCUAGUAUGCGUGACAGCAAUAAACAAAUGUAUCUUUCUAAAGUCUGAAUAUACUCUACAUAAAAAAUUUA